GUCGGAGAAAACUGACAUCUACAGUCCAAAUGCUAGCAGUUCCCACCACAUUUUGACGUUCAAUUGGAAUGCCUGUGUGUACUAUCGAAGAUUGAUAAAUAUUUUCGAAGUGAUUUUUCAGCGUGUGGUAGCCGCGCUCUGAGGAAAUUGCUAGUGAGCCGCGUACCAGCCAAGCGUUAGACUCAUUCCUGUAAAAUGCACACAUGUGAUACCACCUGCGAGUAAAAUCCAACUGAUAACUAAUGUUUUGUUGCAUGAGGAAGACCCGAAACUAUCUUGUGGGGGGGACAGGUGAAGCUUCCCCGAAAAAAAGUGCCUCCAACACAAGCGGCCGAGCAAAUAUCAACUGAUAUUGUUUGCUUCGUCCGCGUUACAAUAAUUACAAUCAAAAUAGGAUUUUACACCCAAUUGCGUUUUAGGGGGACAGUGAGGUGAAGUAAACGUUGCGUGAGACGACCUUGCAAUUACUGAGCGAGUGACUGCACAUAGCUCUAUUACGUCUUACUCCUGACAAGAAAUAAAGUUCUGUGUGAAGGUGUGUUGGGCGACGGCCGCAGCCUGACCGGCUAGGAGCCCUCCCGACUGCUUAAUGUUUUCGCCCGCUGCCUGAACAGCAACAGGAUGAUCGAGUAUACCGCUGACAAGUCCGACAAGGAUGAUCCCUGUGCCACCAAUAACAGCAGCAUUGCUCGCCUGUCGGGCAUCAUGGAGGACAUGCAAUUGGCAAUUUGCUUUCAGGCGGCCCGGCAUCAAGACAGUACCUAUGAGACGUUUUGCAAAGCAAUGUGCUGGCGCAUCCGGGAACGGAUGAAAACGGUGAGUGUGGCGCUUGUCCUCUGCCUCAACAUCGGUGUGGAUCCGCCAGACGUUGCCAAGAUUCAGCCGUGUGCCCGCCUCGAAUGCUGGAUUGAUCCGUCGUCAGUGUCGCCGCAGAAGGCAAUGGAACUGAUUGGAGCCAAUCUACAGAAACAAUACGAACGGUGGCAGCCGCGUGCACGCUACAAGAAGUUUCACGAUCCGACCAUUGAAGAUGUGAAGAAACUAUGCACAUCGUUGCGACGCAAUGCAAAAGAGGAACGCGUUCUUUUCCACUACAACGGCCACGGUGUUCCUCGACCGACCGAGAAUGGCGAGAUUUGGGUGUUCAAUAAAACCUACACCCAAUACAUACCGCUGUCUAUAUACGACCUUCAAACGUGGAUGGGAGCGCCAUCGAUAUAUGUUUACGAUUGCUCCAACGCCGGAAUGAUUGUGAAUUCAUUUAACCAGUUCGCGGAAACGCACGAGAACGAAAUGCAGAAGGCGCUCAACACUAGCGGGAACCGUGGACAAAGCCCCGGGGCGAAUGUUCAGCUUAUCACCUACAAGAAUUGCAUCCAGUUGGCGGCCUGUUCCGCGAAUCAAAUACUCCCAAUGAACCACCAGUUGCCGGCGGAUUUGUUCACGUCAUGUCUCACGACUCCCAUUAAAAUAGCGUUAAAGUGGUACACGAUGCAGCGAACGUCCAUGUUGGUGCCGCAAAUCAACAGUGAAUUGAUAGAGAAAAUUCCGGGUCAACUGAACGAUCGACGGACCAUGCUGGGUGAACUGAACUGGAUAUUUACCGCCAUCACUGACACAAUUGCUUGGAAUACUCUGCCCCGUGACCUGUUUCAGAAACUUUUCCGUCAAGAUCUGUUAGUGGCGAGUCUUUUUCGAAAUUUCCUGUUGGCAGAACGAAUACUCCGAUCGUACGAUUGUACGCCUGUCUCUAGUCCCCCUCUACCUGAGUGUUUCCGCCAUCCCAUGUGGUCGGCUUGGGAUUUGGCGGUAGAUCUGGCGCUACAACAAUUGCCCGACAUUUUGGAACACGGUGCGCCGUACAAGCAGCUCCCGUUCUUUGAGGAACAACUCACAGCUUUCCAGGUUUGGCUUGAUCAAGGGACUGAACAGCGAUCACCGCCUGAGCAAUUACCCAUUGUUUUGCAAGUGCUACUGUCCCAAGUGCUCCGGUUACGAGCUUUAGAGCUGCUGGGCCGAUUUUUGGAUCUGGGACCGUGGGCAGUGAAUUUAGCACUAGGCGUUGGGAUAUUCCCCUACGUUUUGAAGCUUCUGCAGAGCUCCGCGAAGGAACUGCGCCCUGUGUUAGUGUUCAUUUGGGCCAAGAUCCUAGCAGUCGAUCCCACGUGCCAGGUUGAUUUGGUGAAGGAUCAUAAAUAUUUCCUGUCGGUACUUCAAGAUCCUACGGUUUCGAAAGAACAUCGCACACUGGCGGCGUUCGUUUUGGCAAGCAUAGUAAAUAAUUUCCCGCUAGGACAGAGCAGCGCCUUGCAGGGAUCCUUAGUCUCAAUUUGUUUAGUACAAAUUUACGAUGAUAAUUGGUUGUUAAGACAAUGGUUGACGAUAUGUUUGGGGCAACUGUGGCAGAACUUUGCGAAAGCUCGGUGGUCGGGCGUACGAGAUUUAGCCCAUGAAAAACUUUAUAGACUCUUGGAGGAUCCCUGGCCAGAGGUUCGAGCCGCGGCGGUUUUUGCGCUAGGCACUUACAUUAGCUCAGUUACGGAACGGUCCGAACAUGCGGACAAUAUUGAUCAAUUUAUUGCUAUCACAUUACUUACCUCGUGCGGUGCGGAUAUGUCGCCGCUUGUACGAUUAGAACUCAUAGCUGCGUUACAAUGGAUGGUUCUACUGUUCCUGAAUCGAUUUGUGUCGGCCUAUCUGCAGGAUACGAGCACAAGUUCCGGAAAUAACACGUACACCACGCACAGCCUUGAACGUAACAUCAUAAAACGUGUUCUCAGUUUCAGUUCCAUACCGUUUGUCGCGAGUGUUACGCCUCAAAGUGGUGGUACGUACCCAGCGUCCACAAUUGGUUUUCGGUCGAUUUAUAUGCAAUUGUGGCAAGGUAUCGUGAAUCUGGGUCGUGAUCCAUAUCCGCAAGUUGCCGAUGCCGCGCAAAAAGUCAUUGAAUACGUGCGGAAUCAUGCGGUUCAUUUGAUUCAAGCCAAGGAGGCGACCAGUGAAAAGUGUGGUGCCAGUUUGAGUCUUCCUCCCAGUCCGAACACUCGAACAAAUUACUUAGCGGAAGAUCUGUGUGAAUUGUCGCCGACUUUGAUGAGAAGUUCUAUGUAUCGCGGAUUCCCGGCAACAAGAGAUCUGCUUGCCCCGAUACGAGGUGGGAAAAUGGACAUGGAAGCGAAUAUUCGCCUUCCUCUUGCCAGUUUCAAUGAUUCGCCACCCAAGCCACCGCAUAUUAUGCGAGCGAGUCCUGCGAAUGGGAUCCACGAUAGUAGUUUCGGUAGUACGCAGCCUAGCGGGCAGCAGCAUAUCAUUCGUACGAAUCCGGCAAAUGGGAAGUUCGUACCAUCAGGAACUACGGUGCCUCUUGUUGUUACCAAUUUUAUACCGCUCGCUAUAAACUACUUUGGGAAAACAAUGCGUUAUGCCCGCAAAAUGACGUAUCAGGAGAACUGCACGGACCAUCAUUCGCCUGAGUAUCAGCAGCGACUGUUGCGGUUUAAACAAAAUUAUCACAUAAGGACACUGGCGAGAGACCAGCAAAUGCGUGCCAUUUUCAAUCGAAUCGACACGCAGAAUUGGUUUGCAAAGACCCAAUUCACUCCGUCUAUAGUCAAGCUAUUGCCGUAUGAUAACCAAAUAGCGGUGGCUUAUAAGGAAAAGGUGUCUGUACACGAUUGGAAUCGUGGGACCGCCUAUUCAUAUACACCUCAGUCAUUGGUGUCUUCUGGGACAUUAGGUGGUGUUAGCAGUAGUAGCGGUAAGAAUUCUUUCAACGACAGUCUCAAUCAGUUGGCACGCGUGACAGCAUUGGAAUUUGUCAAUGCUCACUAUUUUCCGCUCGUGCUGGUUGGCUAUGCGGAUGGUACUAUACGAGUCUGGGAGCCUGUUUCCGAGAAAGGUGACACUCGUUUGAUAACUGCCUGGCAAGGCUUGUUCGUGUGUAGUAAGAGCAAUAAGGAUCCUACUGGAAUCGUGACAACCUGGCAUCAAAAGUCACAGCAUUUAUGCAUAGGAGGCAAUAAUCGUUUCAUGCGAAUUUGGGACAUUGAAACAGAAAUGCGUCUUUACGAUAUACCCACUGGCUCGGAGUCGUCUGUGCGAGUUUUAUCCUCAUCGCCCAAUGAGACAAUGGCAGCUGGCUUUAGCGAUGGCAGCAUACGAUUGUUCGAUAAACGAUGCUCCCAACAAUCGGCCCGUGUCAUGACUUAUCGGGAACAUCAAGCACCAAUUUUAGCCGCUUGCUUAAGGGAGAGCAAUGAGAGUUUAGUUUCUGGAUGUACACAAGGUAAAGUUCGACUGUAUGAUGUUCGCGGACGAGCGUCUUCUAUUCAUAGUUGGUCUGUAGGGAAUGAUGUUUCCGCGAUAGCUGUUCAUUCAAGUGCCGAUAUUGUUGCUUGUGGUUCACAAUGUGUCGCUAUAUAUGGUCUUGAUGGUCGUGCACAAAGCACUGUACGUCAUGAAGGUUUUAUGGGAUCGAAAAUCGGUCAUACAUCGUGUCUUUCAUUUCAUCCACAUAAAGUUUUGUUAGCUGGUGGAUUUGUUGAUAAUACGGUUACCGUUUAUGGCUUAUCAGGCAACAAGUGUAUUGUAUAAAGUGCGUUUAUUCCCCUCCCCCCAUAAACCCUGGGGAUCAUCAGUCUUAGAUACGAAUUAUUUGAAUCGAGACAUGCGGUUAAGCUUUCGUCUUUGCCUCUGGUGUUUCUCUAUUUUUUUUUUUGUUUUCGUUCUCUUGAUUUAAUUCACAGACAUCACAUUAUAAUUGGGUGAUUUUUUCACCAGUGAGCGGUGAGAGAUUGUAAUAAUAAAUCCUAGUCUUUAUAUUGUAAAUGAAAAAUAGUCAGAUUUAAGACAAAUCCGUAUAGAUUAUAACGAAACUAGCUAAUAUAUAUAUAACCAAUUUUUUGGGUUAUGUAUAUAUAUAUAUUUAUAUAUAUAUAUAGUUGAAAAGCCCAUGAACCCUCUUCCCGCCCAGCCGGACCGAUAGGCGACCAACCCAAAGGCCUAAACACAACAGCGGAGUUACUGUGUCCAUCUGCAGUGAGAGAGCAGUCAAAUGAAGUUCAUUACACGGACUUGUAUGAGGUAAUAUACAAUAGGUCCCGAUUCCCAGUGCUAUCCCGCAAAAAAGAACUUUUGCGAUGCGUGACAGAGAGUUUGUUACGUCAUUUGCAAUAUGGCGGCACUUUUUGUUUUCGGCUGUUACAUUUGAAUGGGGUUAAUUAGCAUGAAUUCGUUUAGGAAACUGUCGUAGGCGCCAAUUGAAUUGCAAGUGCCAAUUAGGAACGUCACUAGCAUUAUUUCCGGAGUUUUCAUUCACAAAAAAAUUGAAUUAAAGCCGGAGGUGAGUGUACUCUUGGCGGCAUCAAUUCAUCAUCAUCAUCAACGGCGUAACAAGCGGUAUCCGGACUAGGCCUGUCUUAAGAAGGAACUCCAGACAUCUCGGUGUUGCGCUGAGGUCCAUCAAUUGCAUGAUUUAAUUAACAUAGAAAAUGCAUGCAAAUUCGCGGCGUUGCAAAUAAUAUUCGCGUUUAUGCAAUUAGCGAAUGCAUCUUGCUAUGCACUUACCUCCGGCUUGAAUUCAAUUUUUAUGAAUGGAAGCUUUGGAUAUAAUGCAAGUGGCAUUCCUAAUUGGCACUUGCAAUCCAAUUAGUGCCUUCCACAAGUUCUCAAUGCGAAUUCAUGUAAAUUAAUUGCAUUCAAAAGUAACAGCCGAUAAGCGACGCCAUAUUGCAAAUGGCUGUAAUCUGCCAUCAGAAAGAACUUUGCCCGACAUGGAGCGAUCUUUGUCGACUUUAAAUCUUCAUUGUACAUUGAAGCUGCGUGCUGUCCGCAGCUUCUCUCUGCAUUCCGGACGCAACGGAAUUGUGUUUUGGGCCUUAACGAUGGGCUGAACACGACUUCUAAGGGUCCGCAUGCAUUUCAACGCAAAAUGUAUUGGAUCCCGCGAAAAUGCUUUGCUAUAUCCCCGAUUGUCACGGUGUUUCUUCGCUACAGAGACAUGCGCAAAGGGCAGUGUGGAUCUCAAAUAGAACCCACUAGACCUUCUUCGGGCUAUAUCACAGGUUGCAAGGAUGACAGCUUUAUCGCAUCUCCAUGUUCAGCCCGGCUUUUUGAUCGAGCUUCUCCAGCACUUUAUGUAAAUUUUGCGGGACUAAUUCCGUCGCUGUGAAAUCGCGACUGGGACUAUGCUUGCAUUCGUUUGUUGUCUGCUUCAUAUGGUCCGUCAACGGGCGCGGGAAAUUGGUUAGGUAGGAAACUAACGAGUGGAAAUUGAAAAACAAUUCAGCAAAAAAAACUAUGGGAUCUACGUUGUAGCAAUGAAUUUUCUUCAAGUGAUAUACUAUCCUGACUUUCACGUUUUUUUUUUUGCGCGAGCCUCCUCGUUCAAUCGGGAAAUUGUUUGAAAAAUUGUACAUAGAUCAUAUUUUUAUCAAUUAUAUUAUACAUACGGUAAAAAAAUUCGAUUUCUUUUCUGGUAAUAAUGACGAUUUUUAGAGAAAAGAAAGAUUGUGAAGAAAGCUUAGAGCCCGAACUAUGUUAAAUAUGAUUAAAUUUAAUAUAUAUUUUCUGUAAUGGCGUAUUUAGUUGCGGUUUUGAUUAUGACUUGGCCAUCACUAAGUCCAUUUUUUCUCCUCCAUCAGAAAUUUACGGAUUACAUACGUGCGGUCCUUCUUAUCUAUUUGUUACAGGAGAAUUGAUAAUUGCAUCGACAUUUAGAAAUCCAUAGUUACAAUGUGCCGAUGCUACUUUCCUUCUUGUUUUAUAAUUCCUAGGCAUAUUGCUUUAGAUACUAACAAUUCAAUAAGAUAAUAGAAAUGGUGCUUUUUUUUUCUUUGUUAAUAUUCACACUUUAAGUUCUAGCUGUUUAGAAAUGUGUUGUAAGUUUAGUAAUCUGAUUUAUCAGUUAAGAAAUGGAUUUUAUUUUCAAGUAAUUGUAAGCUUUUCUAUAAUAAAUAGAUGUUAACUAUAUUGUAUUCAGCAGAACGUGAAAAAAAAAAAUGGCUAGCAGUAAUAAUAGUAUCAAUUAACAUGGAAAACAUGAGCAAAAUCCAAUAAAUUAUAUUUUAUGAAAAUUA